CCUCCCCUCCCCACUCUUUCCGUACUUCCCGCCCGUCACCAUCACUGACACUGGCCAGUCCACCGCUGGGACCUUGGGAGUGGAAUGGACUGAACAAGGCGCAGAAUCGAGAGUUGAAAGAACAAAAAGGGGAAAACUUUCAAGGCAUUCUAGCCCAGGAGGAGAAAGCAGGCCUCUUUGCUAGACAUGCCGGUUGAUCCUGCUGAUCUGCUUGCUGCGUGUAAGAAGAAAGGCAGGACUUCAGAGCGGAGCUCUGAGAGUUUGGAUCAACUCCUCCAUAUGGUCCGAAAGAAGAAGAGGUCUCGGCGUUUGAGCUCUUUGUUUGAUAAGGAGAGCCCUCUCCGUGAAGACGGGAACGAGGAUGAAGUCCCUUCGAAGGGUUCUGAGGAUGUAGAGGCCCCAACUCCAAUGGAAUCCCUACUAGCUGCUAUAGAUGAACUCAGGUCUCAAUCCCCUCUACCGGCUACAAUGGGCGGGGACAAUCUGCUGACCCGUCAGCCUUCUGAAAUGGGAGAAACCAGUCAGUUACCAAGAGAUGAGUUGGAAGAUCGUUUUCAGAGAGAUCUCAAUCACGAUCGGGCCUAUUAUCAGCAGAUGGACCAGUUGCUUGGUAAAAUCUUGGAAGCUCAGGCUGCUGCCAAAGAAGAGAUGAGACUGUCGGAAGAGAACAUGAGGGCCUCAAUGGAGAGAAGGGAGGAGCUGGAGAUGGUUGUAAGGGCCCAGGGGAGUAAGAUUGCCGAGCUUUUUGCCUCAUUGAACAAGAAGGAUGCGGAAUUAGCUGAGGUUUGUAUUGCCUCUUGGGCAUUUAAGGAGCGCAUUUGGGAGCUCGAGGUAGAUCUCAAAGCCAAGGAUAAGAGACUGGAACGGGCUUCUGCUGAGGUGAGAAGGGAGGAGUUGGAGAUGGUUGUACGAGCCCAGAGGACUAAGAUUGCCGAGCUUUUCGCCUCAUUGAACAGGAAGGAUGCAGAAUUAGCCGAGGAUUGUAUUGCCUCUUGGGUAUCUAAGGAGCGCAUCUGGGAGCUCGAGGUAGAUCUCAAAGCCAAGGACUACAGGCUGGAACGGGCUUCUGCUGAGGUGAAGAAGCUCAGAGGAGACCUGGCUCGAGCGAAGAAGGAAGCUUCCAAGGAGAAGCUCCACGAUCUUGCUGCUGAGUCUGCCAAGGAAGCCUUCUCGGCUUGUGUGGAUCAGAUCAAGGAUCGGUACCCUGAGCUGGACCUGAGCUUCUGUGACCUUGAGGCUGCCUUGGAAGCUCGGGCAGCAGGGAAAAGGGUAAGUUAAUGGAAGCAGCUCCAGGGGAAUUUCUAACCCAGAACAGUUCCUUCUAGGCUCCAACGAUCAACGUGCAACUGAUUGAUUAUAUCCUUAAGGCCGGGUUUGGGUUAGAUCUUCCCCAGCAAGCUCGCGACUGUGGUUCCGUAUGUCUAGGUUGCAACAUUUUGCCCAUGUAAUGGGAACUAUUACUAACAUAUAGCCAACCCUUUUAGGUCUCGUAGCAUUUUACUAUAUAGUACACUGCUGCUCAUUUUGUGGUUGCUGAAAUCAUAUCAGGUGCAUUAGUAAAGAUCUUCAGUAAGCGGUCGCAGUCGACAUGUAAUUACUAGCUUUGAACUAUGAUGACUUGGCAUUUUGGGAGAGCAAAUGUCCAUGGACAAUCAAUCA